UUCAGAGCUUCAGACGCCUGCAGAGAAGCUGGAGAUGAAGAUGAGCUGUGUGUGUUUGGUGCUGGGGCUGGUCCUGCUGAUGACCGUCUCCUCAGACGCUACCGGUGGUUCCAAUGCCCAUCCUUAUCCCUGCUGUUACAGCUUCAUCACUCUUAAAAUUCCAGAACAAGAAAUACUAAAAAUUGAAAAAACACAUUCUGACUGCCCAAAGCCCGGCUUUGUGGUUACAACUCCGAGGGGCAAUUUCUGCAAGAAAAAUCUCUGCGGCGAAAAAUAACAUCAGCAUUUAGGUUUCAGUGCUAGAGCUUCUGUGCAAUAAAGAAUGUUUUGCUACUUCUUAUGUCACUUAUGCUUUUU